GCGGCUGCUCGACAUCGACGACGGCACGCUGACCGUCGACCAGGAGGCCGGGAUAACGCUUUGCCUCGCGCUGGGGCCGCAGACUGUGCUGGCCGCGCUGUCGUAUCUUGAAAACGGCAACUGCGAGAUUCGCCGGUUCCGGAGCGAGACACUGGUCGUCAUCACAUGCAAUGCGCGGUACUUGGUCGAUCUUGAACGCCGGUUUUGCUGCUGUCGGGAAAAACUCGAGCAGGAUUUGGCCCAGCGUGAGAGCUGGUGCAGCCAUCUAGUCUGUGGCGAGCUGGCCAAAAUACACAGAGACAAGCUAGUGGCGCAGAAUCUGGUGGCGGAAAGGGACGUGGCGGAUCUGGGCGAGUGGGCCCAGCUACAUGUAGAGAGCGUGGUGAGCCUGGCCAAGGGCGCACCGUAGGGGUACCUAUAAUUCUGUGUUUGGCUGUGUAGAGGUGUGGUAAUUUGAAAAAUUUUCGACCCACCACAAGCCAAAAAAACUGAAAAAUCUCUUGUUGAACGGGACCCAAACAUGCAAAAUAUCUAAUUCUCAGUAAUAAAUAUUGGAAUUUGAUUGCAUCUAUAGAACAGACUUUCACAUAUUAGCAUCUUCACUCGCAUGUCCAUAGCAGAAAAUGUCCGAACACCAUACUGAUCCCAUUGCACACCUAUCAGAGCCGGACAAGGCGAAGUUUGAGGACCAUCUUGUCAGAUCCAGCAGUUUCCGGUUCAAGUGCUCCACGCGCUCAGGAAAGCGGUACACAAUCGAGUUCCCAAGGUAUUUUGGCACAGACGAGGAGGAGUUUACCAAGUUUCGAUGGAGGGCGUUCGCCAACAGACGAGCGGUCACUGCACCACCGCCAAAGCCCAAAUGGAGUACCACAACCGCCACAGUCAAACCUGCCACCAUGAAGUGGAGCUCUGUGGUCCAGGAAGGCCUUGAGAUCAACAAGAAGCCCAAUGGGGCGGUGCCGGCGUCGAUCGCCGCUGAUGCCACCCUGAAACCGCUGGGUGUUGUUCUUUUACGGUUCAUGUACGAUACGCAACACCUCCCACAGUACGCCGGCCUGGCGCCGCACGGCCUGGCCAACAACGGCAACAUCUGCUACAUGAACGCAAUUUUGCAGGCGCUGUUUGCGUGCAGGCCGUUCAGCCAGAUGCUCACUGCUGUCCGUCACCUGAGUCUAGGCCGGCUCGAGUCGCACACGCCUAUCAUGGACGCCCUGGUGGCCUUGCACGACGCCUUCAACAAGUCCUCGCCAGAGGUUCUCACGCCUACGGGAUUCUAUGCCAGCAUCGCCAGACUGCCCCGGUUCAGCCAUCUCAAGUGGGGCAGACAGGAAGACGCAGAGGAGUUCCUGGGGUAUCUCCUGGACGGGCUGCACGAGGAGUUUGUGGACAGCAUUAAACGCUUGGCUGAGAGCGACAUCGCCGAUCUGAGGGCCUCCAUCAAGGACCCGCAGACACUCAAGACUUUGAACUCUGCGCUGGAAAUGAUCAAGACGGGCCAAAUCAACGGAUCGACAGAGAAAGAGGACAAUGGUUGGAUGGAGGUCGGCGCGAACCAGAAGAUGGCAGUGAAAAGACAAGUCGAUGUCAAGCCGUCGCCCGUUGUGCACAUGUUUGGCGGCCAUUUCCGCUCUGUUCUGCAGGUGCCAAACAGCAAAAAAUCGUCCAUCACAUUGGACCCGUUCAUGCACGUGCAGCUCGAAAUCAGCGACAAGGACAUCAACAACCUGUACACUGCGUUUGAAAAGUUUGCCACGGUGGAAGAGAUCUCGUACGGAGACCAGACCGCCAAGAAACAAAACCUCAUCGACAAGCUCCCAACCGUUCUCAUCAUCCACCUCAAGCGGUUUUCGUUUGUGGCCAACGACGAAAGCAACGAGGACUUCAACGACUACGAGAUCGUCUCUUCGAAACAGCGCAGGAACAAAACCUCUGCAUCGCAAACUUUACCGCCUGUCCCUACACAUACAAAGACCCCUGAAACAGGCGGCCGCAUUGAAAAACUGCACAAAAAAAUUGAAUACCCUCACAGGCUCACGUUGCCUGCCUCCUGUAUAUCCCCAAACGUCAUGGAGGAGCCUACAUACCGGCUCACGGCCGUGGUUUACCACCACGGCCGUUCCACAGAAGAGGGCCAUUACACUGCGGAUGUUCUGGGAGCAGACGACAGCUGGACUCGUGUGGACGACACCCUUGUAACACGUAUCAGCGCCGAGGAUGCUGUCGAAAACGGCCAUGGCGGCGGGGCCACCAACGGUAAGAGCGCGUACAUCCUAAUGUACGAAAAGGCAGGUGUGUAA